AUGGAAAAAUAUUCGCGUUGGAGGGAUGCCGGUACGGGUAUUCAACCAUUCCUACCACCUGUCCCACCACGUACGGAAUCGAGUCUGCUAUUGACACUCUCCAAUGCCGUCCAUUACAUUGUCGGACCCAUCCAAGGCCUUGUCAAACUUGCUCUGGUUUUGGUAUUAAGUUUGCUCCAUUUCCUCAUGAGCAAGGUUCUUGGUAUAAUUAUGGUGGGUCCUCUUCAUCGGAUAUGGUCACGGAUAUGGUCGACGUUGUUUCUGCGGCUCAUCCUAUUUGCAAGCGGCUUCUUUUACAUCAAAACCGAAACCAUAUCAUUACGUCGUGGUAGCAGUCGACGCAACACCAGCAACAACGCGAAUCAAACGGGGUCCGUCAAAUCCGGGGAUAUUAUUGUUGCCAACUGGACGUCGUACAUUGAUGUUAUUUACCUUGCCUACGCCUACGGCCCUGUUUUCACUCAAGUAUACCCACAAGGUCAAGUACGUCGGAUCAGUUUUUGGAAAGCAUUGCGACUGUGUACAAAGAUGCCCGCUAGCAUGCAAGAGGAGACGGGCCCAGUAUGUUCGGUUCGGGAUCUUGCUCAACAAGCCAAAGCCAAUGGAUGGGGUCCUGUUGUCGUGUUCCCAGAAGGCACAACAUCGAAUGGCCGUGCAUUGUUGAAAUUUGCUCCUGUCUUUAAAACUUUUCAACCUUCCGAACGUGAUGGACGGUUUCAUGUCUUGUCGUUUAGAUACGAGUAUCGUAACUUGCCACCCACUUAUACAGUUGGCAACCAAUUUUGGCACUUUUGCAAAUUAUGCUCUCAGUUCUAUAAUACAUUAUCAGUCAAACGACUUGCCAGCGAUGAUGUCCCCUGUAAUCCAGCCAUGACCUCAUCCCAAGAAGCAGCAGAUUUGGCGUCACUCGCUGGCAAAGAGAUUGCGGAUGAUUUAGUCGGCGGUCAACUCACGGUCUGUUUAGGCAACAUGUCACGACUGCGAAAGACCAACUUGAGCAUGAAUGAUAAGCGAGAUUUUCUCGAAUAUUAUCAUUCCAGAGAUAAAAAGAGCGCAAGAAAGCAAGAACAACAGACACUUCGCAGCAAGAAAUCAAAAUGA